AUGGUAAAUCGCACUUGGUGCCAAAUUGUUGUUCCCAUCUUAUGGCAAUAUCCGUUUGGAGAUCAGUGGGAUGGUGGGCACAAAAUCGUUCCCGUGUAUUUAGGCUGCCUUCCUGAGGGUACGAAAGCUCGGAUAAAAGAAAUGAGCGUAGAUUUCCCGGAUUCGGCGUUGGCCUCUCCGACUUUCAACUAUGUCAAAUAUCUAAGAAGAUUUAAUUUCCAGGCUCUACAUAUUGCAGUCAAAGUAUGGUGUAAUGAUCAAUGGUUUGAUAACUUCAUAGAUCGCGGAGAAACCUUAAAAUCGAAUCCCGUUACCAAGCUUUUAGAUAUUCUCAUAAACUGCAUUAUGGAACAAUCUUUAAAUCUGAAAGUGCUUGAAAUCUUAGUAACAUCACGGCGUAAAGGAGAAUAUGUUAAUCUUGAAUCACGUGAGGAAUUUUCCCGUCCAUGUUUAGCUAAAAUAGAAAUUUUAGAGUGUGAUGAUUGUAUUCCGAAAGAUUUAACUUUUGCCUCUGAAUUUUGCACGAGUUUAACUCAUUUGAAAAUAGAAUGCUCCUGGGGAAAUGAUAAAGAAGUCUCCGCACUUAUUAAGGCUCAGAAGAACUUGAAACGUUUGACCAUAAGCAAGAGAUGGCCGCAAAUGAGGGAUGCAUUAGAAAGUGGGAAUCUGCGCAAUUCUUUGAAAAUCGUGGAAUUAAAAAAUAACUUGAACUUGGUAUACAAUAGUGGCCCGCUGGCUGUAUUGUCGACAUUAAAUAAUUUAGAAGUAUUAAGGUUUGAAAAAUGGAAGAUAUUUCGUGAAGAUAAUAUAAUGGAGUUGGCAUCCAUAUCUUUCCCUCGACUUCGAAAAAUAGUCUUAUCUCGUUCAAAGUUUUCUCCGCAAGCGAUCAACUUGAUGAUAACAACGAACGGCGCUCACUUGCAAGAGCUAACUCUCUAUUGGGAGCGCGAGAACUCAUCCAAUCAGUUUUCACACGUUAUAAGGACAGUUGCUGAAAACUGUCCGAACAUUCGUUUUUUUGAUGCGCCAGUAGAACGCAAGGAAAUCCAUGAACUCUAUCAACUUUUACGAUCCUGCAAGAAACUUGAAAGUUUGAUAAUCAAUGACUCUGAGGAAGAACCA